CAGGCCACGCCCCCUCUGGGAUAGCCGCUCACGUGACUGGCACCGGAGCCCUGCUGCGACUGAACAUGGAAGAAGAGAUAGAACUAGAAGAGACACACAUAUCUCUACCGGAUAGGGAGGAGGGCGGCUCACCGGCUGGGGAUACCGACGAAGAAUAUGGCAGCUUAACAGACGUUGGAGAAGACGAGGUCGUAGAUGAGCUCCCAGAUUCUGUUAUUUCAUGUUUGCAGUUUCUUAAACAAAGAAAUGAAAAUGCAGAGAAACUAAUUCUGCAAGAUUUGGAAUGCGAAUCUUGGAAAAGUGAUCACAUAACAGGCCAGUUUUCUAAACCUUUAAAUGACAUUGAUUCUGAUUUUUGGGAUAAGCUCGCUUCUGAAUAUAAUGAGGACCCUGAAGCAAUUAUAAAACGGGUAUUAGCUGAAAUAGAAGAAGAUGACAAACAGGUCCAGUCCAGCUCAAAGUUUUCUGAAAACAUCAUGGGUCUUGAGUUAACAGAAAAAACGUUGCAUUCAGGAGAUGGCAGCCAUGAAUCUAUAAGCUUUUGUUAUAUCGAAGUGGAAGAAAGCUGUAGACAAAAACUGCAGCAGUGGGAAAAAGAACAAGAGAAACAUAAUGAAAUGAAAAGAGAGGCACUUAUUGCUCAAAAGGCGGUCUUUGAGAAAGAAAUCCAAGAACAAGAUGAAAAGAGAGAAAAUUGGAAGAAGGAAUUUGCAAAAGAGCUUUUGAAGCUGAAUACCCAUCAAAAAGAGCAGCAGGAGAAACUAGAUGCAGAUUUAAAAAGAAAGAAUGAUACAAUGGCAGAAGAACUAAGAUGCCACCAGAACCUAGUUAAAGAAAUGGAAGCAGAGUUGGUAAAAGAGCAAAACAUUUUUGAGGAGCAGGAAACCAAAGCUAGAAAAUAUAUGAAGGAACUACAGAAUAAAUCAGCUGUUAAAAUCCAGGCAGCCUUCCGAGCACAUCGAAUAUCCAAAAUUUACGGACCUGUUCUAAAACAGAAAAAGGAGGCGUUGAAAAGAAAAAAAGAAAUGAAGGAGAAAAUGGAUUUGGAAAGGAAAGCAUUGGAAGAAAAAGUAAAGCUGAAACUUGAAGAGAAGAAACGGAAAGAGGAGGAGAAAUUGCUCAAUGAGGAGAUUGCAAAAAAGAAAAUAGAAGAAGUCAAGAGACUAGAACAUUUGGAAUUGGAGAGGAGACAGAGAGAGUAUGAGAAAAAGAAAACAGAAGAAAAACAGAGACUGGAGAAAGAAAAGAUCCUAAAACUAGAAGCAAAAAAGAAAUUGGAAACUUUAAUUAGCAUAGAUGCUUCCAACAAUGAAGGUCUAGGAAAAAUAAAGCAUGAACAUUGCAAUAUUUGUCUGGAAGUAACUGAGAGAACCAUGGAAGGCUCUUGUGAGGAUGGACAAAAGCAAGCAAAACAUAGUGAAAUGGUUGAAAUGAAUAUUGAAGAUACUUAUAAAGAAAAAAUACUAGCAAAGCAAUGUGAGGUGCAGCAGCAAGUACAUUCCGAUGGGUGUGCAAUUAGUAUCGAAACAACUGAUUUGGAAUUAGAAAUAAAGCCAAAAGAAAUCAUAAGUAAUAACUUAUCUAGCCCUGAAAACAGAUCUUUAGCAACCAACAGAGAGUCCGAAGUAAAUCGGGACAAUGGAGCACGUGCCAUGCCUACACGCCUAAUACCCUGGAUACAAACACCUUUACUAAAGGAGACUGCUGAGGUCAUAUGCAGUGAAACUGCACAGGGUGGACAAACCAGAGAAAAGAACACAGGCAAUGACCUUCAAAAUAAGUCCCCAGCUUUACCCAUGACCUCAAGACCUCUUGUUCUACCAGAUCACAUUGAGUCGAAGAGGUUAGCUUGGAUGAAAUCUUGUAAGCCGUGGUCCACAAUUUUGAGAGAAAACCGAAAUAUUAAAGCCGUUAGAAAGACUAGGCAAAGGAAAAGCUCAUCAGCAAAAAACCUUCCUCCAUUAAAUACAGCCCUCAUCCUGAAAAAUGGUCCAUGGAAUGACCUGCAACAGGUUACAACAGUGACUUUACAUGACUUGCCUGGAUGUAGCCUUUCUACAUUAUCAAACUGUGAAAAACUGAAAUAUCUUUCUCUGAGGCGCUGUAGAUUAACUGCGCUUGAUGGUAUAACUAACUGCAAGCAACUACAAUAUAUCGAUGUACAGGAAAACUGCAUAAAUGUAAUUAACUGUGAAGAUCUGGAAAAUCUAACUGUUCUUCUGUUGAACAAGAACCAAGUUACAUCAAUACAUGGACUAGACAACUGUAUAAACCUUAGAAGUUUGGAGUUAUCGUAUAAUUUAAUAACUAGAAUUAGUGGGUUUAAUUCUCUUAGAAAUCUUCAGAGGUUAGUCGUGGAUCACAAUCAGCUAAUCUCCACUAGAGGUCUUGAGACCACACCUCUGCUCACAUACUUGGACUGCUCCUACAACUAUCUUACUGAACUUGAAGGAAUUCAGAAUUGUGGCUUGCUCCAGAUUCUAAAGUUACAAGGAAACAACUUGACUGAGAUUCCCAAAUUGGAUAAUCAUGUGCUCCUCAGAGAACUGUAUUUAGAUGAAAACAACCUCACAACACUGGGAGAGAUGUCAUCAUAUUGGCUACCUUUGUUGCAAAUUAUUUCAGUUUCAAAAAACAGCUUGACACAUCUUGCAACAUUUAAUUCCUUUAUCUCUUUGGAACAAGUGGACCUUAGUAACAAUUGUUUAUCAGAGCUUCAGACAGUAUUACUCUGGUUGGACGACUGUUUAAGUUUAAGCAGACUGAGAGUGAGCAAGAAUCCAUUUCUGCAAGAAGCCAACUGGAGAUGCUGUUUAUUAAAGGUGUUGCCUACAUUGAGAUUUCUUGAUGAUGAAGAAUUACACCUUGGGGAUUACACUCCUCACAAGCCCUCUUUGGGAAGUUUCAUGGCUCUCUGUCAAACUCAGAUCGUCAAUAUAUGUAAAUUAUGGAAAAAAAUAAAUAUUGAAGAUGAAACACAUUCUUUUCUGGAAAAGCUAGAACUGUACUGUAAUACUUUAAAGAAACUGCAUAAAAUCAGCAGUGAACACAGAUAUGCACAUGAGUAUGGUGACACCGAACCUUCUGAGAAAGAUGAUCCUCCAGAAAUUAGUCAACCAGUUUUUGCAAGCAGACAACAUAUUAAUCCUGUUAUCAGUGGUUUAAAUGAAUAUAACCAUGAUCAUACAAGACAAGUCACUCUGAAUCCGCCUCACCUACUGUCUGAAGACUGCCUUAAAAAUGCAGAGAACAAGGAUUUUGUGGAGAACACAAAUGUUCAGUCUCUACCACUGGAUAAUUGUGUCUCGGGAAAUGUAACAUAUACUAAUAACUUGGGAAAAACCUUAAAAACAUAUCGCCCUGCAGAAAGCAGAGAAAUUAAAGCAGCCAUUCUUAUUCAGUCCUUAUGGAGAGGAUAUGUGGUAAGAAGAGAUAUUUUUCACUACACCAAGCUUCAUGAGGCUGCCUCCAUAAUACAGUCAGCGUGGCGACAGUACUACAGAUCAAAAACCUGCAAAAAGAAGCACUGUGCUAAGAUAAAGGGAUCAGAUAUCAAACAUCAGGCUGCCACUAUUAUACAGGCAGCUUGGAAAGGAUUCUUCCUUAGAAAGAAAUUGGCUGCUGCUUUUGCUGCUAUUGAAAGAGAUGAGGUAGAUGAUGACUUUGAAGAAGUGAAUUUGGACCAUUUCAUGUUCGAUGAAAAUGUUUUGGAAAAAGACUGGUCAUUAGAUCCCACUGCUUCCCAUUAUGAAACUAUACAUCUCUCCAGUAAAGCAGAACAGGCAAAGAAAAGUGGCAUUCUGGAAAGCAGAGCUCAUUCAUUGCCAUGGAUUCCACAAGAAGCCUGGUCAGGUUCUGAAGCAGAACUUUUGCAAAGCGGAGUAAGACAUGAAAGAGAAAACCUUAAUAGCAGGUUGGGGAAACAAAAUGUGUCACAUGUGUCUAGCAUGAAGUCCAAUAUUGACAUUUCCUUAAAGUUGGAGAAAGAGGAAAAAAUUUCCCAGGAAUGGGGAUUUAAAGAUGCAGCUACAGUACAACUGAUGUUGAAAAGAGCCCAGAAGAUGAAAUCCAAGCAAGCAAAACACAAACGAAUGUUAGACCCAGCUGUGCGCCUGGCGUUGUUCAAAAAUAAUGAAAAUAAACAUCCUCCUGUAAAGCCACCAAAGAAGACACAGAUAUCAAAGAUGGAAUAUUUCCGGGGAGAAUCGUGCAGUCAAAAUGAGACCUUUGCAAGAAGCAGAGAGCUAACAUACCAGUGGCUCCAUACUCAGUGUGGAGAAGUGGAAUCAACUCAUUCUGCAACACCUAAAUGUAGGAGUUUCUUGCCCGAAUUGAAACAUGACGUCUUAAAUGGUGGACGCGUUCAGCUCGUGGCUAAUGCGUUAAGUAAGGAAGCUGAUGAUUUAGACCUGGUUUCUGUAAAGUCUGGAAGUACAUUAUCUCAGUACAGAGGAAGGAAUUUGGAAAUUCAGAGAAACACAUCGCCCUCCUCAUCAUCAGCAUCAAACCAAAAUGCAGUUACUCCAGCGAAAACGAAUUUGGGACCCCAACGAAAGGAACGCAUCUCAUUUCGAAAUAACCCAGUUCAACUGAGUGGAGGAUGGGGUGGAGGAAAAAAGAAGGGAAAAUUAUUUCAAUGAAAGCCAUCGCUAAUAAUAGAAAAUGCUGCUAUUGCAUAAUCCUGUUCUACAUUUUUUUGCGUUAUGACGUUAUGUAGUUUUGACAUUAAAGUACAUUUCUCUGUGAUUUCAA